AUGAAUAGGGAAUAGGAUUCUGCAAAUUCGUCAGUGGAUAGCAUCGAAAUGAGGUAGUUUGGUGAUCAGCAGUUAGAACAUGUUAAUAAUGGUGUUUAAUUGCAGACAGCUAAAUAGAAAGCAUUGACAAUAUCAUUAAUAAGUACAUAUUCUGAUUGAAUUACGAAAAGGAAACAAGAAAUAAGUAGAGGAUAUUUACGAGUAUUACAAAAGCAAUGAGAUAUAGCCUGAAGAAAAAUUGAGAUUAUUACAAAAAGUAUACAACGAUGAUGUGAUUGAACAUAGUGCUGAUUCAAAGGAAGUGAAAUAAACUCAAUUGAUUUUGCCUGGGUUCUAUAGAAUGUGUAAGUGAAAUGCAAUAUUUGAAUAGUUCACGAAUCAAUUCCAAUUUUCUAUCCCAAUACGCCAGGCUUAUUAUUUUGGAAGGGAUGGGUCGCAACAAUAAUUUUGUUUUUCUUCUAUGAAAUACCAAUCUAUAUUUCGUUUGACAAAGAAGUGUGGGAUGUAUGGAUUGAUAUAAUUCGAGUUUGUACCUGAAUGGACUUAAAUCCUGAUUACAGUCUUGGCCAUUGUGACAUUCUCAUUGGAUAUGGGCCUGGAAUUCCAUAUGGCUUACUAUUCACAUGGGAAUCUGGUAGUGGAUAGAGCCAAGAUCGCUCAUCGAUAUUUGUAAUCGAGAUUCAUAUUUGAUUUGAUUGCAACUUUAGCCUUAAUGAUUCGAUCGAUAAUGUAGACAUAUAAUGAGAGAUGGUUGUAUCUCUUUUUCUAUUUGAAAUACCCAUCAUUAACCAGAAUAUCAUUUUAAUUUGGUGAGAUAGUGAUGCUUCAUCGAAGAGUGAGGACAAUAUUUUAAAUCGCCAAAGUGUUGGCAGUUUUAUAAUUCGUUUUUAUUGUUUAUGCAUGCAUUUGGUAUUUGGCAUGUUUGUAUGCAACUAACAACGGAUACAACUCUUGGUUAACUCAUGAAGGCAAUUUCGGGGCAAUAAGUGAAUUGACUUAGAUAUAAAAAUUCUUCUACUCUUAUUACUUUAGUGUAGGUACAACAACAACAACUAUGGGAUAUGGAGACAUGCAACCACUGAAUACUUUCGAAGUGUUGGUUGGCAUGGGAGGUAUUCUCUUUGCAGUUCUCAUCUUUGCAGUGAUGGUCAAUAUCAUAUUUAAAAUAUUAGAGGAAUAUGCUAUAUACGAUAUCAAACGCUAUCAACAACGAUUGAUAAUUAAUAGAUACAUGAUGGUAAAAGAUGUGCCAUAAUAACUCAGAGAACGUGUCAGAUAAUAUCUGAAUGAACAUUGGUUUUAAGAAGGUAAUAGGGACAUCCAAGGGGAAUAAGAGAUUAUAGGGGAAUUGGCUCCAGAAUUGAAGGCUGAAUUGCAAUUGGCCAGUUGUGGGAAAAUACUCUUAUAGAUACCGCUGUUUUGUACAAACUUUUCAAGGGGAUUUUUAAGAGAAUUGUCAUCCAACAUUUAGGAAAUGAAUUAUGCAGAAUAUGAAAUGAUAUUCUUGGGAGAAGAUCCUCAGUUUUUGGAUGAUCAAUCAAUAUAUUUCAUUAACUUAGGAUAGAUUGCCAUAUUCCCCAAUAAUUUCAACAAACAAUUAUUAUUGAAGAAAUUAGGAAAGGGUGAGUAUUUUGGAGAAUACUCAUUUCUUACUGGAUUUGAAAGGAAGGCAUCUGCUUAAGCACUGCAAUACAGUUAACUAUACAAGAUAAGUAGAGAAGAUUUCUUAUGUACAUUGGCUAAAUUUUCUGAAGAUUACGAAAAGUAUUGGAUGAUUAAAGAUAAGAUUGAGUUUCAGAAGGAUUUUUCAGCAAUAGGACAGUGUUAUACAUGUCAAUCUACAGCUCAUUACAGUACUGAAUGUGAAGUGACUCAUUUGGUUGUGGAUGUGAAUAAGUUGAUUGUGUUUAAUUAAAACAAACAGAAUAGAGCGAAAUUCAAGAGGAAAGAGAAGAAGAAGUGGUAAACUUUUGUGAGGAUUGAAUGUUUUAAGAGAGAGGAAGGACAGGAGGUGAAUCACUUACAGACAGGGGUCAAGUAGGAAAUGGAACAGAAAUUGAAGGAAAUAGAUCAAGGGUAGUAGGAACACUUGGAUGAUGAUGAAUUCAAGAAGUUUUAGAAUAUCUUAAGAACUAAUUUCGAUAGUUAUACCAAUCAAUACGAGGUUAAGGAAGGUCUGCAAGGUAUGGAUUAAGCAUUCUAAUUUACAAAUUAUUUCACUGAUAACAACUACAUCAAUCAAUCGGAAUUCAUCAACACUCAGGUUCAGAUGAAGCAACCGACUCGUUUGUCCAUCAUACGUAGUAAGCAGAUAUCGCAAUAGAGAAGUAGAUAAGCCUCUGUCUAAUAGUGAUUUAAAUUUAAUUUAUUUGUAAUUAUAACAUAGUUGGUAAAUACAAAUUUAAAUUUAUUAUUUAACAAUCUAUGAAAUUGGUUUGUCGUUUGAGGCCAUAACCAAAUAAUACUUCAACCAGCAGUAUCAAUUCCAGAAAGGAAGUAAGAACCAACAUCUUUGCAGGUGUCUUAUCUAAUGAAUGUAUUUGCAAACAAUAAUCUUAUAGCUCCUUAGACACUUGUGGUCAGUUCAAGAAAUGCUCUAUCUCAAAAGAUCAUUUAAGAGUAUCUCAAGAGUGACUCCGAUAUUAUGAAAUAGCGUUAAUCAAUUAUUGAAAAUGCAGAUCUCUUCCAAUUCGAUUAAGUUUUUGGAGAAAAGGCAAAUUAACAAUUAAUAUACGAUCAAAUAAUGGCGAGUAAGGUUAAUGGAUUGGUUUUGGGAAAUUCGGGUACCUUGCUUGUUGCUGGAGGACCUGAAAGUGGCAAGAAAUACACUUUGAAAGGGGAGGACAAAGGCUAAGAGAAGGGGUUGGCCCUUUUGGUUGUUGAGAACACUUUGAACCUGAUAGAGGGGUCGAAGCAACUGAAAGGAAAGGGCAAACUAUUUUGUUCAAUUGCUUUGGUAAAUAAUGUCGAAACAGUUGACAUGAUAGGAUCUACUCGAAGUUAGACUAUCAAAACCACCUGGGUCAAAAGUGGGAGCGAGUUUAAAAAGAUGUUCAAUUAGAGUCUAUUUUAAUAUAAACAAUAUGUGAAGGAACAUCCAGAAACAAAGAAUUGCCAUUUAUUUUUGAAAUUUAUCCUUUAGCACGAUAAAUAGGAGAUAUCUCAAUUGCAUUUAAUUCUGCUGAACGAAUUCAGAAGAGUGACAUAGGAGGCCAAAGACUUUUAAGCCAAAUUAAAAUAAUUAUUAAUCCAAUAGUAGGAUUUAUAAGAGAGAGAAUUGGACACAAAGGCACUUCAAUAGUUGUUUCUUGCAUUAAGAGAGACCAAAUUUAAUAACAUUACAGCCCUGUUUUGUGUGUCUUAAGUGCAGUAGGAUCAUAUCACUGCUUAUAUGACAUUACAAUUUGCAGAGGAAUUAAGAUAGUCAACAAAGGGGUAAUAGAGUCAGAGAGUUGCCUUGUCCUAAAUCGACAAUUAAUCCAGGGCUCAAUUAGGUAGGGAUUAUGGGUUGUAAUAACAAUAAUAAGCCACCCCAAAGCUGUCUGUUAUUGAUGAACAACAAUCUCGAAUUAUCAAGCCUGGAUCUGAUCAACUUAACUACUCUAAGAGUUAAAGUAUGAUAGAGAGACAGCCCAGUAGAUAGGAGGCCAAUUUUUCUAAGUAGUUCUAAGAGAUAAAGGAAUUACUGAAGGAGAAGGACGAUUACAAGUAUAUAGAUAAUUUAGAUUGUUAGAGUGUUGAGAUUCGAAAAAGAACUAAGGAAUUUGUAUGAUGAGAAUACAAGAUUGUAAAGCAAGGUUUACCAAUUGGAAGAUUCUUUGAAGCACAGGGAUUUGUUGAUUUAAUAAUUGGAGAAUCACAUUGAUGAGAAUAGAAGAUAAGUGGAUUUGGACAAUAAUUAAGUCCCAUAGAAAAAACAGAGGGAUUAUUAGGUAGGGGAAUCGAAUCAGACACUCACUCAAUUAAAUUUAUAAUUGGUACACAGCAAUGAAGAGUGCGAAUUACAAAAGUAGAAGGUGAGGAUGUUAGAGAAUGAGAUAGAGAUGAUGAAGGAUCAGGAGUUCACAAACAUCAAACACUAUGAGAAGAGAGAGGAUGAAUUUAUGGGUCUAAUAUAAUAGGAAUAGGAAAGGAACAAGUAAUUGUAUUAGGAAUUGGAUUAUUUUGCAGUUGAAUUGAAGGGCAGGGAACAGUAAUUGCAGGCUGCUGAAGACAAUAUCAAAACAUUAAAUAAGGUGAUUGAGGAGCAAUGCAAGAGAGUGGAUGAUGAGAAACAGAAGAGCAAGGAGUUGAAUGAGUGCAUUCAGGGUCUGAAGUAGAAGCAGGAGGAGUACAUAAAAGAAUGUAAUUUGACUGAAUAGAGAUUCACCAAAUUGAAGGUGAGAUUGGAUACUGAGAAUGCUUAAUUGAAGGCGGAGAAGGAGAAGUAUCACCAGUAGUACAAGGACAAGUUGAAGAAGUAUAAAAUGGCAAUGAAAAUGUUGGAGUAGGAGAAUGGACAGAUGAAAAUGGAGAGAGUGAAACUAUAAACAGAGAAUGAUCAAUUGUAUGGGAUAUCUAAAUAGUUGGAGAGUCAGUUGGGAAGAGUAAAUAGUGAGAGCACAGAAAGGAAUGGGGGAAGGUAGGAUCAUUACGAGUAGGACAAGGUUAGGUAAUAGAAUUUGCAGUUGAAUAGUCAAUUGAAACAGGCGGAUUAUGAAGUAAGCAUAUGAUACAAUAAUGUAGAUCUAAGAGUUGUCUGUGCAGUUGAACAAUGCGAUUUAAGAGUUGGAGAGAGUGACUGUGGAGUACAAUGGAGUGCAAAAGGAGAAUAGGAGAUUGCAAUAGUAGGUGGAGGAGAAACAAUCUGAGGCCAAGUAGAACGAGUUUAUGAUUGAGAGGGUGGUGCAAUUGAGUGACAAGCAGUUGGAUGAUUUGGAGGGGAAAUUCAAUAAGUUGACAGCUUAGGUGACUGGAUUGCAACAUGAGAAGAAGUCGCUGAUGGCGGAGAAUCAGAGUUUGAAAUAGUAAUUGGAAUAGUUGGAGGGAAAUGAUAUUGUGUUGGAGAAACGCAUAGUGAAGUUGAAGAAGGAGAAUAAGGAUCUGAGCAAUUAGAUUACGCAAUUGAAUUAGAAUAUGAAGGAGAUGAUAGUGGAGAAGCAUGGAGAGAUGAGAAGUCCAUCCUUCAAUAGAUUACAGUAGUAGUUGCAGAAUCAAUCGUAUAGAUCUUAGAGACUGAUGGAUAAUGAUGAUGACAGUGAUAGUGAUAUUUGA